AUGGAUUCCGAAAUGGUUGAUGUAGGGUUGGGUAGCAGCCAAGACAAGGCCAUUCCUGGCCUAUCCGCACUAGUUACUGCAACUGGGACCGCAAGCCCUCUCGCACCUCCCGAACUCAUAGGGGGGAAAUACCUAGACGUCCCCACAUCACCAGCAAGCUACAGGUUUAGUGGCGGGAGGCUGGCUGCACCCUAUGGGAAGUCUCGUGAUGAGAUCGAGGAAAAUUCAGAGGAGGCCGAGGAGGAUGCGGAAAGGGGGGGGGGGGGGCGUAGUCCAUCCGAUAGCAAUGACAAGGAUUAUGACCCGAAGAAAGAUGGGGAGGGUGCGGGGGUGGGGGAUGACGACGAGGAGGAGGAGGAGAACGGGGAGGAGGAGGAGAACGGGCAGGAGGAGGAGGAGGAGAAGGGGGAGGGAGAGGAUAGUGGUGAGGAGGCUGCAGAGGAGGAGGAGGAGGUGUCCCAGCCAGGGAAGGCCAAGGGGAAGGCCAAUGGCAGUGGGAAGGGGAAGAAGAAGGGCAAGGGUAAAGGCAUACAAGGUCAGGGGGGGGAGGAGGAUGGUGUGGCUGCGUCGGUACUAGAUGAGAAUGAUGGGCCUACAAAGGCCAAGAAAGGGGGUAAGAAGGCCCCGGGUUGGCAGGUCCAGAUGUUUGGGCCAUUGGGGGCGGAUGAGAAGCGCCACAUGGUCGACACCCGUAUCUGUUGGGGGUGUAAGAUCUGGACACCCGGGGAGUCCUUCCCGGAGGGGGGCUACGAGGGAGUUCCCGACAAGAAGGUGAAGAAUUUGCCACACGUGGCCUCGUGGCCCAAUGUGCCGGCGUUGCAGACCCCUAGCGCGAAGGGCGAGGCAGGCGGCAUUGAGCGCUUUGUUACGGCAAGGCUGAGCAAGAUGAAGCUUCGUGCGGCAAUCACGAAGCUUGUGGUGACCGGCGACUUGCCCUUUCGCAUCGUCGAGCUGGAUGCGUUCAAGGAGCUGCUGAUCUUGCUGAACGAAAAGUGUGGGGAAAAGGGCGUGAUCCCAUCACGCUGGACGGUGGCGCGCGACACCGUUGUCCUUGCUGAGUUGGUGCUCGAGGCGGCUAUUGCAGAGGAGCUGGCCUCUACAACCUGUGCCGUGUCGUACAGCACCGACAUGUGGACAGGCCCGAACAGCAAGGCCUACAUGGUGCUGACAGGUCACUUCGUGUCGGAGCAGUGGGAGUUGCGCCAGAUGAUUCUUGCUUUCGUCGAGAUGCCUCGUGGGCAUGGGGGGAAGGAUAUCGCUACGGCGGUGGAGAAGGUGGUGGAGCAGUGGAAGUUGCAGACACGUUGCCUCGGUCUCACGACCGACAAUGCAUCUGCAAACGUCGUUGCUCUUCGGCACCUCUCGGAGGAGGGUGACUUCUCGGGCUACUUCAGCGAGAAGGCUCACUACAGGUGUCUGUCGCACAUCGUGAACCUGGCAGUGCAGUCUAGGUUGGGUGUGGACUCGAUGCAGGUGCCCCUGAAGAAGGGCACCACGAAGGAGGAGAAGAAGAAGUGGCGAGAUCUGCGUGUGACUGAUGCCGAGUGGGAGGUCUUGGGGGCUUUGGAGGGGUUUCUCCGUCCCUUUGCCAGAGUCUCCACGGCCGCCGAGGGGUCGACCUACCCCACUGUGUCGAUGGUGCUGCCGUACUUCCACGCCCUCAUCGACAGCCUGGAGAAGAAGCUGCACACAGGCACGCAUCAACUAGUUCGUCCACUCAUGGCUGCCGCGCUCAAGCACCUGAAGAAGUACGAGUUUGCCGCCGGGGACGAGUACUGGAUCGCGACCUUCUUGGAUUCGUCCAUGAAGGCCGAGUACUUCAGGAUGACACACUGGGAGCUUCAGCAUCCAGGCAUAGUGGCAAGUGAGGGUGGGCGGCUUAAGCCACGUAUGAGUGCGGACAGGGUGGUGAGCUUGGUGCGACGCCGAGUGGAGGAGUACCAGGCUCGAGCAGCACGUGAUGCUCCCACCCCACCACCAGCACCACCAGCAGCAGUGGUGACAGAGUUCGAGGACGACGACAACGAGUUCGUGUUCUCUAGGGCGCAGCUGCAGAAGCGUGUUUCAGCUAGUGCAGCGGCGAGAGCGAGGGGGGGGGGGGACGUCGGUGGGGGAUGA